AUGUUGCCUCCAUCCACCAUCGAUGCCGUCACUGUUCAGAAUCUUGAACUUCUAGCUCCUAGACAUUCGGAUAUCGAUAGGAACUUAGUAAUUAAUCUCAUGGAACGCGGGGACAUAUUCUCCUCUCAACAAGAUCGCAGCAUACGCAAAGCUCUAUUGGAAAAUGUCUGUACCUUUCCCGGCGUCAUUCCUUCAUUAAGAACCUUUUUCGAAACGCUGAAGUACCUGGAGCCUCUUUGCGAAGCGCUCAGACAAUUACUGGGCGAACAGAUGAAAAGUACCAUACGCUCCAGUCUCACCGGUCUCUUCUUCGGUCCGAACAAGAACAUGGUUCAAUUAAACGAGACUGAGGAUGUCGAGAUUCGGAUUGCGCUCAGCCAACAAGACGCAAUGAUGGUUGCAUAUACGGAGCUGUGGGCAUUCUGCAGCCGUCACUUUGAUGGUUUAACAGCGUCUACACCCAGAAAGGAAACUGGAGAGUCAAAGCCUCUUGUGAAGGGACCUAAUCCCGUGGUCUGGCAACAUCUGGCGAGGUUCGCCUUGUCUCGAGGCUUUCGGAUAUCCCAUGCGCAACAGAUCACGACAAAGCAGAAAUACCACCAUGCACAGCUUGCUAUAGAUUAUCUUCGGAAGGCGAAGCCAAUGUGCUCUAACUUCUCAGAUGACCACAUUCAGCGCGUUGUGACAGCGGUCGAAUCAGAGGAAAGUUAUGACAUACCCGAAUCUACCAGAGGAAGCACGCGUCUUAAUCUCGACCGGAGAAAUGGUCGUCCUUUCGAGCACGACUUUGCGGAAGAGAAACGAAUCAUGUUCUUUCCGCAGCUCUACAGCGGUCCACCAUGCGAGAACGCAGAUUUGAGACUAAUGCGCCGUGAUUUGUUUUCCUGCAUGUUUAUCUCUAUGAGCCUUCAGCAAGCUGACUUUGGAUCAACCACAAAUGCUCAAGUGUUUGAUGAGGAUCCUAUGGACCUUGAACCCCCAGUAAGCUUACCAGAACUAGAUAAGUAUGCUGAAUUGCAAUCGCGUUACGCGAAACUCGAACGUGAGUAUCAUGACAUCUCCGCUCAGUACGAUACACGAGUAGAACGUCUACGGAACGAGAAUGAAGAUCUCAAAGGCCAAUUACAGCGAUGUUCGUCAGAAUAUCGGCGAGUCAAGGAUGAACUGGACCGCUUCAACCAAGGAACAUGGGUAGCAAUGCACGAAUUAGAAACGGAGCGCGCUGAGAGCAGUAACCUUCGCUUGAAGUGCGCUCAGCUUAGACGAGAACUCGAGGCUUCAAAGAACUCUGCAACACAGAUUAUUCCACGUAUAGUCGAGUUACCAGAGCCUCUUGCAAUAGAGUCUACGACGAUGCCAGUGCUCGAAGAUAGUGACGAAGAAGUAUUGGAUGUUCCACCACUAUCCGAUUGGAAAGAGAGAACCGGCAAAGGUUAUGAGAUUUUCGUCGUGGAUCAUACUUCCGAACAAGUCUUGAAGGGGUAUAGCUUCGAUAUCAGCUCAAGCCGUGGGGAAGCUGUAUCCCGAAUAAGUGAUGCAUUGCACCAAGCUGCAUCAAUUGCCGAGGGUAAAGAGUACCACGUAGCAACAGUUCUGGGGAAACGUAUCGUCAACACAGAUCCUGAAUUUCUUUUUGGAACAAUCGAGACUUGUCAGACGUUAGCUAUUGGGACUGAGAAGGGCAUAGAGAACUGGAAUUCCACUUUGAACAAGGCUGCGCCAUCUUCACUGUCGUACCCAUCGACUAUUACCAUCCAGCAGGCUACUAGUCAAGCUCUAGAGAAGACAUCCACGAUGGCCAGGAAACGGAUGCCAGCCUUCAACAACGAGACAACGACGACUGACGGCUACGCGAGAAAAAUAGCUAAGACAAAAAAAUCGCAACAGCGUCUUAUUGCCGCUCCGCCAUCAACAUCGGAGCAAGAACAAAGCUAA